AUGGCGGCGCUGGCGAGAGUGGUGAAACACCAAGCUAGAGAACCUCAAUGGAUUACAUUAUGCAGUGGACUGAUACAAACAACAAUAUCUCAAAUGCAGUGGGGCAGGAUGCUUCAUGGCACUCUCCAGAGGCACAAGAAUGGCCGAUCACAACUGACCAAAGUUUGCUGUGGGUUAAUACACACCAUUGGUGCAGCAAAGCAGCCAAACAGGACAUUUCAUCACACAAAAAAGCUUCUUGCAACCAAAGAUUCUGUUCAGCCUUCUGAAGAGAAAGUGGGUGCUUUCACAAAGAUAAUAGAAGCAAUGGGUUUCACAGGACCACUAAAAUAUAACAAAUGGAAAAUUAAAAUAGCAGCAUUGCGCAUGUACACAUGCUGUGUGGAGAAAACAGAUUAUGAGGAGUUCUUUAACAAAUUUCAGAUGCCUGAUACAUUGAAUUCAUGGUUUUUAAUAGCACAACUUCAUGUCUGGAUGUGUUUAGUACGAUUGAAGCAAGAGGGCCGAGCAGGGAAAUACAUGUGUCGCUAUAUAGUUCAUUCUAUGUGGGAAGACCUUGAGCAACGUGGCAAGGUGAUGGGAAUUGAUUCUGUUGCCCUGAAAGAAAGUAUGAAGAGCAUGACAGAAAACUUCUAUGCAGCUAUUUUUGGAUAUGAUGAGGGAAUCCUAUCAGAUGAUCAUGUACUUGCAGCAGCCAUCUGGAGAAAUCUGUUUAAUAAACAAUGCGAUGAUCCAAGGCAUCUAGAAAUAAUGGUGGAAUAUGUGCGCAAGCAGGUGCAGCACCUGGAUGCUAUACCUGGAGAAGACCUGCUGCUGUCUGGGGAAGUUACUUGGCGCCCCCUUGUGGAAAUGAAUGCCCAAAGCAUCGUCAAGCCAGCUUCUCCUACGUACAACGAUGAAGGACUCUGAAACGCUUGUUGGAGACUGUGUCUUUCAGUCUAUAUUUGGAAUAGUUGCUGGAAGCGGGAUGUCUUAUGCUGUGGAGCUCUCAAGAAGGAAAAGGAUAAAUACAGUAUUUGCAAUUUGAAAGAAUGGCUAAAACUUCCUUAUAUGUAACGAUUUCCACCUUUAGCAAACCUGGAAAACAUUCUGCUUUUAGUAUUACAUCUGUGGCGAAAAUGCUGCUAGUUCAUCUGAAGAACCCCUCGCUGAUAUAUUAUCCAGUAGUCACUGGCACACAGGUUCUGAGAGGGAGCUUUCAUCUUUUGAGAGCACAAUAGUUUACCAAAGUGACAUGACCAGCAAGCUUCCUUUUGUCUGGCAAGAGGGAAGCAGCUGCCUUGUGCCAUCAUUCUCUCUUCUCUGACACUGGGAAGCAUAAGUAU